AUGGCGAUCCACAGAGAGCUGAAUGAAACGGAAACAUGUCUUUCAGGUGGACAACAGACGGGGGCCGUGUAUCGGUUCAGUUUCGAUGUAAAUCCCUCAGACGUGCUUGAACUGGACGCCACACUGGGAGACUGUAUACUGCACGACCCUGUCAAAGCCGUUUCACUCUUUCAGUCAGUUUGUUAUCUGUCUAUAAAAACACUGUCACUUAUUGACCACAUUGAAACAGAAAACCAGGUUAAUGUUGUUUUAAAGCCAACCCACUUGCCACCUUUUCCCAACUAUUGUUUGGAUCUCUCCGAGUUUCCCCGUGGGUAUGGUCCAAUGAGACCCUUAGCUUUGGAGGGCCUUGUAAUUGCCAUGACACGUGUCACCAAAUACACACAAGGAGCCAGAUUUCUCUGCUCAGAAGAGAAAUGCCCUUGCUCUAAAGGGUUUCAACAUAUCAGAGUUCAUGCACCAGGUGCCACAGAGUCUGCCACAGUUAGGAGCGAUUUUACCUGCUUUCUCUGCUCUUCUCCGCUGAAAGAGGAUGUGAAGUCUCGGGUUUUAGGGGAUAAACAGCUAGUUGAACUCAUUCAUGUGAGAGCAGUGGAUGUUUUGGGAGUUCACGAUGCUGCUUCCUUAAGAUAUCAAUCUGUCACCCUUUUUCUAAGAGAUGAACUGUGCAACUCCAUGAGAAUCGGCCAUCUGUACCAAGUUGUGGGGAUUCCAGCUCAUGUGCACCAGUGGCCCAAUGUAACCUGGAGCGUAGAGGCUUGCAGCGUCCAACCAUGGACCCCCAAAUGCCCCUGUCUGGUUAGCAACAACUUCCAGAACCUUCAGACAGCCAUGGCCUGUUCCCCAUGGAGGUUUGCUGCCAUUGUAGCCAACUCAUUCGGUUCCCCGGUGAUCCCACCUGGACUCUACAACACAUUAAAACUGGGGCUACUUCUUAGUUUGGUGCAAACUGAAGAUAAUCCAGACUCUCCCUACCAACUGGAUGUGCUUGCUCUCACCAGCGAGACUCUAAUCAUUGACAGGUUGAUGAGAUACAGCCUGCCGUUGGCCUCGCGUGGCAUUCAUCAUACACUGACAGGAGAUCUGUCGGCAUCUCUGUCUAGAGAUGAACAUGGAGCUGGUACCGCUAACAUCCAUGCAGGUUCAGCUUUGCUGGCAUCUGGAGGUGUCUGUCUGUUGGGAGAUCUCACAACCUACAAGAAAGACAAGAUGGACAUGCUUCAGUCUGCUCUCGAAAGCAGAACUGUGUCUGUUUUCAUUCCUGCCAAGAAAUAUGGUGAUGAUAUGGACCAGCAGCUCUCCUUCCCAAUCCAGUGCAACUUUUGGGCCCUAGCUGAUUCUGCUUCCCCCUCCAAGAGGACAGCCAGAUGUGAUAAUGUGGUGCUGGGUUCUGUGGAAAUGGGCUCAGUUCCUCUUCAGCUUGCAGAGUCGUUUGGACUCGUAGUCCAGUGUCGAGAGACAAGCAGCAAUCAUCCACUCCUGUCUAUGACAGUGCAUACUCUGAGACAGGCCAUGUCCCCAGGAGAGCCCCUAUAUCCAGCAUGCAUGCAGUUUACAACACAAGACUAUAAAGAGCUCUUGGCUCAUGCAAGGGAACUAAAGGUGGACAUGAGUUCCGAGGCUGAAAGGAUGAUCCACAGCUACUACAUGGCCAGUCGCAGGGUUCGCUCAGACUCAACACAGAGAUCCACCGUUUCAGUCACUUCUGUCAAACUGCUGUAAGCUCUUCAAAAACAAAAUACUGACCGCUACAUAUGGCUGCCUUAUUAUACCACUAGAUGGAGCAGUUAUAUAACAAGUCUACAAUUCAGCAGAGUUUCCAAAGGACUGUG